GAGCGCACUGGAGGGAGGAGACGCAGGAGCCAUUGGCGUUUAGGUAGAAGACAUAAAUAGAGAAGGGGAAACGCCAACAAUCGAUAGCUCAUGGAAACCUAGUCCUGUUUUCUUUCUUUCUGGAGUUUAUGUUCAGUACAAUAUUACUGCGCUUACAGUGUAACAUUAUAGUCUAUUAAUAAUAUUCUAGAGAACUUUACCUCAAGGUCCAAGCACUGGAAUGAACUGGCCGCUCGGACUCGAAUUUUUCGGCGAGAUUGUGAAUGAAACUUCGACUGAUGGCUGAAUGAAAAGGAAAGCUGAUGAAUAUGAAGAAAACGGACUCGGUGUUGAUUCGGACAGCAGUGUGGAUUAAAGAGCGCCACUGAGCGCUGGGACAGAGCUGCACCAGGCUGGACACUGAUAAGCCACAGGCAUGACAGCGGCCUCUUGGGAAGUGGAUUCAGCUCAGUCCAAUCAUUCUCUGUUCAACCUGAGCAGUAGCUUCAGCAGCACGGACACCUUCCUGUGGGUGCUUCCCUACCAGAACAGCACAGAGAUGACAUGGAGCCCCACCUCGCAGCCAGGUGCAGCCAGGGUACGAGACCCUGCUCUGGCACAGGCUGAGAUCGGAGUGCUUAGCCUGGUGCUGGCACUUACCACUCUGGGCAACAGCUUUGUACUGUGGGUGCUGCUGCGCAGGAGAAAACACCAUGCACCCAUGCACCUCUUCAUGAUCAACCUGUGUGUGGCUGACCUCGUUGUGGCCUUUUUCCAGGUGCUGCCGCAGCUGCUUUGGGAUAUCACAGAGCGCUUCCAGGGCCCAGACGCUCUGUGCCGCUUUGUCAAGUACUUGCAGAUUGUAGGCAUGUUUGCUUCCUCGUACAUGAUUGUGGCCAUGACAAUGGACCGCCACUAUGCCAUCUGCUGCCCUCUGCAAGCGUACCGUGGAGGCAAACCUUCACGCUGGAACACGCCCAUCAUGGUGGCCUGGGGCCUGGCCCUGACACUCAGUUUACCACAGGUCUUCAUCUUCUCACGGACUGAAGUGGUACCAGGGGAGUUUGAGUGCUGGGGCCACUUUAUUGAGCCAUGGGGCCUUAAAGCCUAUGUCACCUGGAUGACAAUAGCUGUGUUCAUUCUACCAGCCCUCAUCAUCACAGUGUGUCAGGUGCGUAUCUUCAGAGAGAUACACGACAAUAUCUACCUGAAGUCAGAGAGAAUGGUGACAGCGGAGUUCAAGAGGAACUCUGUGGUCUUUCAUUUCCCUCAGAAAGAAGGACAUCACGGGAGGUCUGGUAGAGACAGAGACUCACAAGGCGGCCCUAAUCAUCAGACCGAUUUCCAUGGAUGUCAUUGUAGUAACUCCGCCCCUACAGACCUUCAGAAUUCGUAUGACGAUCUUUCCAGUCCUGAGCCAUUUGGAAACUCCACAUAUAACCCCUGUAAUUCCUGUGACCCCUGCUCUGUGCCCCUGCCGUCCACGCAAAUCUCCACUUCAACCGGCCCUCCCUUAGAGAAAUUCUCUCCUGAUCCAUCUGAUCCGUCUUACGCACAUGCCCUGACAGCCAAUAGUGUAUGCGCUCAGUCCAGAGCCUCAUCCUUACUGGCUGGCCAACUUUCAGGAACUCCUGAACUCUGGCCAGAUGUGUUACCAGAUCAUCCCCCACCACCUCCCCCUGGCAUUUCUAAGGCCAUGUCAAAGACAGUGAGGAUGACUUUGGUCAUAGUGUUGGUCUACACCAUCUGCUGGUCUCCUUUCUUCAUCGUCCAGCUGUGGGCAGCCUGGGACCCGAACCCUCCAGACCAAGGAGUAGCAUUCACCAUCCUGAUGCUGCUGGCCAGCUUGAACUCUUGCACGAAUCCCUGGAUCUACACAGCUUUUUCCAGCAGUGUGUCACGCGAGCUGCUGGCUCUGCUGCGCUGCAACGUGCCCACCACACGCCGGGGCUCGCUGCCCGACGACUCCACCACAACACACACCUCAACAACCACCAAGGACAGUGUAUAUUGACUCGCACACGCAACCACACAUGGAUUUACUGCCAGAUUCAAAUCCAGCACUUGUACCAGUUGUCACACCCAUGGGCAGCAAGCAUCAUGAAGGAAGUUCAGUAAUUUAAAUGUAAGUGGUGGAACAGACUUUUGCAUAUGUAUGCAUGUGUGUGUGUGUGUGUGUGUGUGUGUGUGUGUGUGUGUGUGUGUGUGUGUGUGUGCGUUGGGAGACAUGUCAAAAAUAAGCUGUGAGAAUGUGAGACAUUGCCAGAUGUCUGAACAGGAAAACUACUCCAGACUGGUAGAGGACCAGAUGCCACUAUUUGGAACGGAACAGUGGUUGAGAAUAUUGUGGUGGACACUAGGCUCCUGCGACACUGCCAAACAGAUUAUUUCAGGUUACCAAAUUUGAAUGAUGUCAGUAUUACUAUAAAAGAAAUGCUGGAAAGUGCUUUGUCAUUUCUGCAGUGAGAGAUGAAGACCUGAUAAGACCUGAUAAUAAUGGACUUGAGUUGAAACGUUUAUCUGGACUUCCAGGGCACUUUCCUUUAGAGCUAGCGGAGUAUACCUGUUACUUGUUUCCUUGCUGGGAAAAUUACCGACAGCAACGUUUUCCAUCUUGUGACCAUGACCGCAACCCCCGCGUCACUCUCGUCCUCUUUCCUGUUCUCGACUUUUUUGGGUAGUUGAAGAGGUGGGUUCAGCGUGUUAUGUAAAUACUGCUGACUAUUGUUUAUCUUUCCUUUGACGCUGCAAUGUUCGCAGCAGGGAGUGAAAUGAACAGCAGAACCCUUUGGAAGGUAAAAAGGAACAGAAAUAGGCAGAAAGCUCAGCUGCCCGGCCGCCUCAGACAGGAAGAGUGAGUGUCUUUACAAUGCUGGAAUUAAGAGGAGUUGGCAGCAGGCAUGAGACAAAUGCAAGUGCUCCGAUACAACAGCGCAAUGAAGUGCAGCACAUGGAGGAGCUUAUUACAGCUGCUGUACAUACAGAGACGGUCUCAUAUGUGCUCUCUAUGACUGAUUCCCAUUCCUCAAGCAUGAAUAAUGAGCCUACCCCAGCCGAGAGUGCUGACAGCCUGCCGUCAGGGCGUUCUGAUGAUUAGAGCACAAUGCAGGAGUAUGGCUCAGCAGCAGCAAAUGCACUGCAGCCUGAUAUUGAAAAGGGAAGUAGGUUUGUUUCGUGGUACAGUCACCCGAACUGGGUUUUCUCAUAAUGUCUCACAAGUGCCCUGAAGCUGCAACCCAUGAAAAGGGAACGCAAUGGCAGCACAGUGGUUGAUAUUAAUGAUGUCAGAGGCAUGCGCAUAAAUCAGCAGGACUGAAUCGAGGACCGCCAGGCCACCUGAGUCUCAGGUUAAGAAUGGCCAGAGGAUAGGUUUGAAGUAGCAGGGAGAGCUUUUCUAGGCUACCCAUAUGUGAGGAUAAUGGUGAUGAUUUUGCUGUCGGUACUCAUCGAGGAAAGAAGCAAAUGAGAAUUCUCUACUAGUUCCUAAGGAAACCAGCCCAGUGGUACUGCAGGAAUCGUAAAGCCAGAGUUACUUUAAAAUCUGAGAAUGCAGUUAGGGAAUAUACCAGGAAAAAGCACUUAUUAGUAGUAUGGAAGUGAGCUCUACUGCUUUAGACAUGCGUACAUAGCAUCAAUGGCAUGGUGCUCAAAAAAUAAACACACAGCAGGGUUCCUCUAUUUACAUUCACCUGUCAAGGCCACGAUGAAGCCAAAGCAUUGUGUGACUGUACAGAGGUGCAACACAAUGUAGACCGUGUUUAUGUAAAAGGCGUGUGCAGCCUCCAAGUUCUCAAACUGGUGGGGCCAGUAUAGUGUACUAGGUUCUAUUUUACAACAUUUUGCGUAGGACUUAAAUACAAUACAACACUCUGGAAAUAAAUGAAAACCCACCCAGUUGUACACUUUUAACUGUUGCCUUUCUCAAUGAUGAAUGCUAUGUAAACUUUUGGAAUUUGUCCUAGCCUUUGGUACGCUGGUGUAUAAUAUAAAUUCUCUGUACCUGUUCUGUUAUAAAGCAGAGUAAAGAGCGGAAAUGAAUAUCUUUUAGCUCUACCUCCAGCUGGUUUCUGCUCUCGCAAACACCUUUCAUGGUUGGAAUUAGGGGACCAUUUCUAUCCUGUUCAGAUGUUCUAGAAUAACUUAUUUGUAUAAAAGAUGUUCUAAUAUGUCAAAGGAGUGAAAAUAUGCAUAGGUUAAUAUAUCGUACUGACAAAAAACUUACCUCUGGAAGUGCCCAUAUUAUAUGUUUUGUUUUGUUUUGUUUUUCCCUCAAACUGUGGGGAUUAUGUGGAUUAUUGUCGCUAUAUGAAAUGAAAGGUAAAAAAAAAAACAAGACUUUUAUAGAAUGGAUAGUUAUAGUGACUUACAUUUUUAUGUUAAUCAUAGCAAGUCUAUCACCUCGAGCAGCUGUCUAUAUUUUUGUCAGUUUCCUAAACUACUCGAUGUGAGAAAUUAACAUCUGCGUAAAAAGCUUUUGUGUCUGUAUUUUGAACAUCUAUACAGUAUUUAAAAUAUAAUCAGAAACGUGUUUUUCUUUGUUUUGUUUUGUUUUGUUUUUCCACAGAAAGAAAAUUUAUUUAAAGUACAUACCUGAUGUAUGG